AUGGACGAGACCUUGGCUGGAGUGAUGCAAGGGAUGUCGUUAGAAGAUGAUGUUCCUAUUGUUUUACCAGAAGACGAGGAUUACAGUGCAGUGGUGAGAAACAGCCGAAGUCUCCUGGGUAGAUUUCUUAACCCUCCAUGUCAGAACAUGGCGAGAAUGCUCCGCACGAUGCCUAAGAUCUGGAAAGUUUAUGAAAGAGUUCGUGGUAUUGCCUUGACGAAGGAAAGCUUCCAGUUCAUCUUCGAGUUGGAAUCAGACAUACAAACGGUUCUGAAGCAAGGGUUCUGGACUUUUGAUGACUGGGGAAUGGCGCUUGAUAGAUGGGUGGAGUAUCCGCCAAGCAACUUCCUACAGACCUCACCGAUUUGGAUAAGGAUAUCCAAUAUCCCAGUUAACUAUCUCACCAUCAAAACCAUUGAUGCGGUGGCUGGAGCUAUUGGUUAUGUAAAAGAUAUUGAGUGGGAUCCUGAGAAACCAUUAUUACAAGACUACAUCCGAGUGCAGAUUAUUAUGGAUCUCAGUCUCCUAGUAAGAGAGAAGAAGAGUUUAACAUUACCAAAAGGAGGUGGCACUACAAUGAUUGACAUUGAAUAUGAGAGGAUCCGGAAGAAGUGCUUCCAUUGCUUUCGCUUAUCACAUGAGAAAAAAGCUUGUCCUAUUUUCAAUGGUAACAGAACGGGAGGAAGCAAAGCCAAGGAGACGCAGAUUUCAGCCAGUCUUCAGAGAUUAUCUCAGCGUCAACAUAACUACACGUUAUCAAAAGACAUUAUGCCACUGCUUGCUCCUUCAGUUCCACCAGGCUUCGAACCUCCAACAGGAUUGAUAGCUCCGGAAGUCUUUGAACAAAUGCAGUUGUACAUGAACUGUAUAGACCCUGAAGAGAGAAGAAUCAGAGAGUUCAGAAUGAAGAAGGCGCUUGAUGAGUUAUCGAAAGAUCCACUUUCGCAAAGAGCAGGUUUGAGAAUGGAGGAUGCUCCGGUUAUCUCCAAAGCUGUAAACAAAGACAAGGGCUUGGUUUUUGACUUCAGUGGAGUUGCAGAGGAUGAUCUCGACACCACGUCUGAAUCAUCUAGUCAUAAUGGUGGUCAAAGGAAACGUAUAAACACUGGCAAUACUCUCGCUCUGGUUUCUGAUCAUCAACAGAGAUCAAUGCCUGCGAUGAAGCUCAAUGGAGAUAGUGAGAAGAGGAGUGAUCAUCAACAUGAUACACAACAGGAUGAAGGUGAUACCUUUGGCCUAACGAAAACUACAGUUUUUGGAGGUUUUGAGAUGGGAAGUGGAGGUGCUGAUACGUCUUUAAAGAACGGUGGUUCUAAAAGCUAUGCAAGGAAGGCGUCUUCAUGGACAAGACGGGGAAAACGCACUACACAAGUGGAUAAUAAACCGGCUUUAGAGAAUGAAGUUGAUGGCGUUUUGAAGAGAAAAGCAGAUGGGGAAGCUGAGGUUACUUCUAAGUUGUCAAAAUCUACUGGAGGUUUGAUGGUUCACCAGAAACCAUCCAAUCCUCAAUGA